AUGUUGUUAAAAUACAUCCGUUUAGGCUCUAGCAAUGGUAUCGGAAGAGCAACAGCAAUUAUCUUUGCUCAUGAAGGAGCCAAAGUGACAAUUACUGGUCGUGAUAAUUUGGCACUUCAGGUGGGUACUUUUGUCAAAACUAUAAAAGUCACAGAGGAAGAGUGUUUAAAAGCUGGCGCUAAAAAUGAUGAUAUUCUGGAACUGAUAGGGGACAUCACAAAAGAAGAUGUUCAGGAUAAAUUAAUUAACGAGACGGUCAAAAAGUUUGGCAAACUGGAUAUCCUGAUAAAUAAUCACGGUGGAGCAGUGAAAGAGAAAGAUGCAAGUGGUAAUUUUAUCUUCAGUGGCUUUGAUGCAACAAUGGAUCUGAAUUGCAAAAGCUCGUUUGCAAUGACUGUUAAAGCAAUGCCUCACUUGCUUAAAACCAAAGGAUGUAUUGUCAAUGUCAGCAGCAUCGCUUCAACAACACCGUCAGUGCCAGCAACGUAUUAUGCAAUGGCCAAGGCUGCUCUAGAUCAUAUGACCCGCAUAAUGGCUGCGAAAUAUGCAAAAGAUGGUGUACGAGUAAACUGCGUAAAUAGAAUAUGGUUUAAAUUUAAGAUUCGUGAGGUUCUUGAAGAAAGCGGCAUUCCAUGUGGUCGAUUUGCGACACCUGAAGAUAUUGCCAAACCUAUUGCCUUCUUAGCUGACAACGAUGCUGCCGCUUAUGUAACUGGGCAUUGCAUGGUUGCAGAUGGUGGCCUUGUGCUUUUCCACGGCGGGUUCGAGAAUCCAAAAUACGUCGCGUUGAGAUCUGGGAAAUCAUAA